AUGUAAUAAGAAUCAUCUAGCGAUUCUUUCUCUUAUAAUUUAUAGAAUAUAAGUUUUAUAAAAUAGGAAACUUAUUGCCGAGCUAUUGCUUUAAAUAAUGAUAACUCUAUUUUACUAACAGGAAAUAUAUCUAUUAUUAAUGUAUAUUAAUUUAAAUAAGGAAGGCUUAAACUAAUUUAGAAUUUGAAUAAACAUAAAAAGGGAAUAACUACUCUUAACUUCAUUAAAUCAGGUUAUUUUUUUUCAGGAUCUGAUGAUAGCUAAAUAAUUAUGUGGUAGAAAUACCUAAUUAAUCAAACAAAAUAUAUUCAAAAAUUAAAAAAUCAUUCAAAUAGUAUACUUUGUUUAAUUCUCAAUUAUAAUGAAAAUCUCUUAGUUUCCUCUAGUUAUGAUUUUUCAAUAAAGUUUUGGAAUCUGCCUUUUUAUAAUUUAAAAUAAUGGAAAUUAAUGUAAACAAUAACUGAACAUACUCAACCUGUUUAUGGAUUAAGUAUGAACAAAGAAUAGAAUCAAAUAAUAUCCUGUGGCUAUGACUCAUUAAUUUUGGUUAUUGAAUAUGAAAAAUGUUAAUCACUUUGGAUCAUUAAAUAGAAGAUUAAUGUCGAUUAGUGGGGUUAUAGAGUGUGUUUCAUCAAUACUCAUAUUUUUACAUUCUAACCUUGUUUAUCAACUUAACUAUAUAUUUAUAUUUUAGAUUAAAUGUCUUAAUAAUAUAGAAUACAUUAAAAAUUACCUGUUAAGGGUGGUGGUUAAUUUUGUUCAUCAUUAUUUCCAUCCAUAUUCAAUCAUAAUAACAAUAUUAUCUUAAUCAAAAAUGGAUCUCAUAUUAAUUUAAUUAAAUUUAUUGCAAAGCAAAAUAAUCAAAAGAAUGAAGAAUAUUUUUUUAAAUUAGAAUAAUCUAUUAAUUGCAAAGUUGAUUAUUAUGGUAUUGGAAAUAUUUUUGGAACUUUGAGCCAAGAUGGAAAUUAUCUAAUAACAUGGGAUGCAUACUCUUAGCAAAUUUUAAUCAGAGAAUAUAAAAAUUUAUGA